GUUUACUGUAGAAAUCUCAACCUUUAAGCUUUUCUCGACAUUUCCUCAGACUCUUGCGGCGGAGGAUUCUGUCGCCGGACUCUCAGCUUCGAAGACUUUUUUCCCGGUGCCGUCAUCCUGAUAUACCUCUGUUUUUUGUUUUCACGGAGAGAAGGUAGAAAGCUCAGUCUCUGUGAAUCUGACUGUGAGCGAUUUAUUGCCAUCUUUCGGAAUCAAAUCUCACGGAUUGGUUCUGUGAUCUGCGCGAUUCGCGUCGUCUUCUCUCUGGAUCUGAGUUUUCGUUGACGUAAUUGAUCGCCAUUCUUGGAGCUACUUUCUACCAAUUUUGUGUUUGGAAGGAGGAACCUUGAAUCGGGUUUGUUUGCUGCUCCAACUCCAUCCAAGUCACGUAAUCAUUCUAAUCAUCACGUGGUUUAUGCCUAAAUCAAAUUCUCCUCAGGGAUUUAGUUAACUCAGCUUCUAUGCUUUGUUUGGUGCCUCCGGCUGAAUAGUUGUAUCUGUUAAGGAAUAUAGCCAUUGAAGCGAUGUUAUCAUCAAGGUUUUCAUUUCUGGGGAUCGGCAGUUCCAACGAAGUUAAUGACUCUUUGGGUGUUUCUGGAAGCAAUCUCAAACCAACUCUAAGUGUGCAAACGGAUAAAGAUGUGUACAGGCCUGGAGAUUCCAUAUUUGUAACUAUUGAGGUUGGUUAUUCUCCUGUAACGGAUCAUGAGAACGGGUCUAAUCCCUCGAUUUUGGUUGAAAAGCUUAGUUUUGAGGUAAAAGGAGUUGAGAAAUUGGACAUUCAGUGGUUCUCUACUCAAAAGCCAUCACCUGGAAGCAAAGGACGAAGAGGUGAACACAUCUUCCUAGACAGUUCAACACCAUCCUUGAUUUCAAAUCAACUCCUAUCCCCUGGUGCUAAGAUGACAUUAAUGGUUCGAGCUAUACUCCCUGAGAUAUUACCACCUUCUUAUAAAGGUGCUACUUUACUAUACCAUUACUUCAUCAAGAGCACAUUAACCGGAAGAUUGAUGGCAUUAGAAAACAGUCAAUUUUUCAAAGACUCGACAAAAGAUUUUAUACAAGUGGAGACUCGAAUCCCAAUACAGGUAUGGGUAAUUCAGAAGAACAACGGGUUGUUAUUGGAGGAAAGUCAAACCGAUGCAGUGCAACCUGAUGGGGACUUACAUUUUUUCUUAGGGAUUGUUCCAACCACUACAAUUCAGACAGAAAUAUACUGGAAAGAGAUGGAUGGAGACUCUGAAUGGACUAGAGCAAAUGACCCAUAUGAUAGUGGUGAGGAUGGAUAUGACAGUUCACGCGAUGAGAUCUUGUCUGUUUCUUCCUAUCCCAACAAAGGAAAUUUAAACAGAGCCUUUGGCAGUUCGUUGUCCUUGAAUUCUGGACCGCGAUUAUCAAUGAAAGAGACGUCAUAUAUUGAAGGUGUCGGAUCAUCUCCAAAAAUGAUGCUUUCUCAGUUAUCAGCUGCCGUAGUGUCUUAUGAUUCUGGAACUGAUGGAUUUUCGCCUGAUAAGUCAUCAAGUGCUGUGAUUCCGACCCAACAGCCCAAGCAAACAAAUGGCCCAGGAGCUUCGAUGUCACCUGAAGCUGGAGCUGGAGAACCAAUUCCAUCAGAAGGAUUUACAAGAGGAAGAUCAUACAACAUUAGAAUGGAUGACCAAGUCCUUCUUAGAUUUUCCCCAAAGAAUGCCGACUCUACUUAUUACUUCAGCGAUACUAUUGGUGGAACUCUUACUUUCUUCCAUGAAGAAGGAGCCAGAAGAUGCCUCGAGGUCUCAAUUACCUUAGAAACGAUAGAGACAAUAAAUAGAAGAUUUGUUCAUCCGUCUAGGAGGAAUUCUCCAACACUUACUAAGAUCCAAAGUGAUCACCAUGAGGUGGUGGCCGACCUUAUUCAGACAAGCUUUCUGUUUUCGAUUCCCACGGAUGGUCCGAUGUCUUUUACUACACCUCGUGUUUCUGUGCAAUGGAUUCUACGGUUUGAGUUCCUAAUUACCCCGAAGAAUGUGGACUUAAGCAGGUACGAACAUCCGUUGUUAAUCCCAGAACGGGAAAAAAGCGAAUGGAUUCUUCCAAUCACGGUACAUGCACCACCACCCCGAACAUCAGCCGCCCAAAACCGAGGCGAUAAGCUUUUUGGUUUGGAGCCUUCUUGGAUUCGUAGCUAAACCACGCUUUUGGUAAACUUCGUUUUGGUAAAGUUUGUUUCUGGUCUCUGCCUAGCUCACCUCAUGCAAUAUAAAUCUCUUUUCUUUUCUUCUUUUUAAGGGGAAGUUUACCACAACCCUUUUAUUUUCAUUUUAUAUUCAAAUAUUAGUUUAUAAAAAUAAAAUUUCUGCUUUGAUUUUGUUUUUUAAUUCUUCUUUGUUUUUGAGGUAGAUCUUAAAAAUCAAGUGGUUUAAUUAUUUGAAGAGCUACCUAUCUACA